AUGCUCCACGUCUUUCGCGGCCCUUCGAUCUCUUUCCAUCCGGUCAGACUCCUUCGACUGGAUAUCGUACAAUCGCCCCCCAUUUGGGCCUUCACCAAUGCCCUUGCGUCGCGUCCCUAUGCGAGCGAGUGCAUGGAGAUGAUCGGCCUAACACUCGGCCGUCUCUCGAACGAGCCGUUCGUGGAAGGAGGACUCCCCGUAUACCUCGGAGGCCAACUCGCCCCGCUCUUCGCACUCUCAGCACUCCGUUUUCUAUCUAUUCGCGGGCAUUGCCAUGUUUUGGUGGAUGAUGACACACUCGAAUCCAUCUCCCGCGCGUGGCCGAAGCUCGCCUUCUUGAACUUCGAGCCUGCGCGCCGCUCCAAAGAUGCCUUUGUAGCGCGUCCACCAAAGCCACAUCUCCAGGGGCAGCACGCGACGCUUUCCGGUCUCCUACACCUCUCCGAACGGUGCCACGAGCUGCGUUUCCUCGGGUUAGUGCUGGAAAUUGCGGCAUUGCUCCCGACGGCCGAGGUUCGCCGCGCACUCGCCGCGCAAGAGAUGCCAUGUCCUCUGCGCACGCUCUCCGUCGGCUGGGCGCCGCUCGUCGAUCCCAUACCCUCCGAUGAGCACAUGCUACGACUCGCGUCCGCGCUGUCCGCGUUGUUCCCGAACUUGACGACCAUCCAGGACGCGUGGGACCAGCCAGUGUUCGACCAGGAGAUGUGGCAGGCCGUUAAACACGAGGUGCAUAACUAUCGGGCGUCGACCGCGAGCCGUUUCAAACAUGAACAGUGGCAGCGGGUAGCCGAUCGAGUGCCGCAGUUCGCGAAGGUGCGUGGGCAGGAGCGCGCGUGGAGGGCUGCCCAGAGCGCUGCACGAGAGACUGACUGCAACGGCCAGGGACUCAAUCCAUCCCCCAAGCCUCUGAACGUCGAGUGUAACCGCAUGUUCAUUACUCCGCGGCGCUUUCGCACGGGCGCGCGCAGCAUCCUCGGCCGUUCUCCACUUGUGCUCCUGUCGUCGGUUGACAAAGGGAAGAGGCCCCAAGGAUCUUCCGCUGUCAACUAUUGCUCCUCGCUGAUCGCGGGCGUGCCGCGCGCGGUCACGAUGCGCGACAGGCACGGGAACCAGGCGGACGACGACGACGACGCGAGCGAUGCAGGGUCUCCUAGCGGCGAUUAG